AAAAACGCCAUCUGGUGCCGGUGGUCAUGAUGAAAACGAAAUUCACCGACGUGGAUUUCCAAAGUAAACAACAUGAGUGGGAAGAUUUUGAUAGCGACAUCAUGAUAAAUUCCGCCAAACCAUUGAUAUUUGAAAGUGGUAAAAAUAGAUUUGUUGCCCUCUCUAGAGCUCCUGCUAUGGGCACCUUGCAUUGCCUUUGCAGGCUUGUAGUUCUUCUCUCCCUCAGCGUGAUCAGAGAGACGGUCACCUCCCCUAAUGACCAGUGUCAGUUCAUCUUUAAAGAGGACUCAGUCCUACAGGUUGCACUUUCACAGGAUGCCGGAGCCAAAGUAACAAUGGAUCUUCAUGCAGAAAACAAGUUUAAAUGUGCAGAAGCAUGCUGUGAAUCAGAGGGCGAAUGGUGUACGUUGGCUGUGUUUCAUACCAAGACAUACCCAGAGGCAAUGAAUUGUUUUCUAGUACAGUGUGUACCUGAUGGUAGUGAAAACAAUGUAUGCAUCACCAAACAUGUUCGUCGUUCAGGCUUCAUCUCAGCGACAGUUAAACAUCCACCCCCACCAACAUCUCCUGCGCCUUCCACCACCCCUUCCAUUCCUCCUCCUCCUCCUUCAUCACCUGAUACUCCCUCUAUAUCUGUCAACACAUCUGCCCCUCCUCUCGCUCCUAUCUCUCCCCCUACCUCUCCCCCUACCUCUCCCCCUCACUCUUCCUCUGAUGCAUCUUCCAAUGCGGCAACAUCAUCAUCUGAUGUAAUCUCAGCUAACAACUCAGUGGAAGCCCUUAACAAUCUGAAUGCUGUUAUCAACUCAUCACUUACAUCACCAUCAUCUAAUCCAGCAACCACAAAUGUAAAACCAUCACCAACUACUGUGGCAGCUACAGAUAUUCCAACCCCAAAGCCACCUACAGUCCAAACAACAGCAAAAUCAUCAACAAAAGCUACAACUAAACCCACAGCUAAAGCUGAGAUAGCUGAUACCACCCCAGCUCCAAAAUGGACCAGUCCAGUUUCACUGACAGCCAGUCAGAUGUUGGAUAGCAAUGCAACUCAACCAAUCAAUGUGACUCAAAGUGGCCAGGAUGGAACUGAGAGCCCUGGAGAGAUAAAACAUGACAACAUAAAUAGAACCACGGUGACACAGACUGGCAUUCUGAUUGUGACCCUGUGUUUUGGAAUCAUCUUCUUGCUGGCAAUGAUGGUUGUGGUCGGGAAGAGAUGGUGUGAAGGCUACCAGCGAAGGAAAUACUCAAAGGUGGAUUAUCUCAUCAAUGGCUACUACAGCUAGGUGGUAAAUUCUGAUAUCGACAACUUGAUGGAAAACGAUUUCUACAGCUGAAUAGAAAAUGACUUAAUUAAAAGUUACAUUAGAAACAAGUUCAUCUACAGCUAGAUGGAAAACAACUUCAUUUGCAGAGAUAUGUACCGGUACAUACAUCAUAGACAAACAAGCUAAAUGUACUGCUAUGGUGUAGAUUGAGCACAUUUGACAUGUUUCUACAGGAUAUCAAUAUACUGCGUCUUCUUGUUACUUUCUCUGUUUUUCCUAUUAUUUUCAGGACGUGCUUCUGUAGAAAUACAUUAUUAUCUGAUUAUAACUAAAUCGUACUGUCUUCAGAGGUGGAUUUUUGCUGUUACGAUAUUGUCUCAGCUCUGUUGAAACGUUCCAUUAAUGUUACCCUCUAAGGUCACAUGCCACAAAACAUUUAUAUUAUAUUGACUGGGCUUGAGGGGUACAUCAGACAUAUUGACCAAGCUAAGAUCAUAUUGCCCCGAGUCGAAGACGAGGACAAUAUGGUCUUAGCGCGUCAAUAUAAUUAUUGUAACCUAUACAAGGCAUUUUUUUUUACAAAUGAUAUACAACUUUGGUAUCAAGCAUGAUUUUUACUCACCAUGUGUGCUUGUAUUUCCCUUACUCUUGUCCAGAGAUGAAAAUGUAUGAAAAUGACAUUGUGACGUACAUUUUUACUGUGCGUACACUGUAACACGUACACAAUACUGCGCGUUUGCACUUUGAUAAAUGCGUACUGACAAGAAAGAGUGGAAUAUGGCAUACCGGUAUGUUGCCCUCUGAUUUAGUACAGUAGUGUACGGAGAAAACCUGGAAGAGGGCAAUAUGGCAUAUGUUGCCUGCUCUGGUUUCGUAUUCAAAGUAGCGUGCAAAAUACAACUUUUUAUUUUACAGCUAAAAUGAUUGCAUGGGUAACAAUAAUUUGUGCUGCUCCCAUACAACAACCACUUUCCAGACAUGCAGUGCUCCUGUUAAAUUGCUUUAGAUGCAGAAAUAAAAAGUUAAUUGUGUAUCUGUAGAUCCAACCCAUUUCUACAGGGGUUGAAUUUUGUCAUAAAGGGUAGGUAUUAGCGUUACCUUCCGGAUCUCCUGUAAAAACACCCUGAAUGAGUUUCUUUUAAAAAUUCAUACAUGUAUAGGUGAAUAGAUGGAAAACAUCUAUGCCCUAGUCACGCCCAAAAUAAAACAAGAAAUUCAACAUAUCUGAAUGACAGUUUUGUAUAUAAAAGUGCCUCCCUCUAGCCUUUGGAUUCUUGGAAAUUCUUCCAAUUACAAUCAUUGAAUAUAUCUAAUUGAAACCAAUCAAUUUGUCUUGAAAUAACAAUUCAUUUUCACGCCAUGUUAAUUGAAGUGAUGUAUAUGUAUACUGAAGCAAAUAUUUGUAUUUCAUUUACCAAAUCUGAAUAGACACAUCUUUUUUUUAUUGUUGUUUUUUACACCUUUGUAGAAUCAAGGUUAUUUGUGAUAAUGAAGUGCAUUAGGUAUACCUGGUAAUGCAGCACUAGUUGUGCUUCAUAGAAGUGUGCACGGAACAAUGUACUGGUAUAGUUUUACAUUUUAUUUCUAGUGCUCAUGAAUAAUGUAUUCAUAUUGUUCUGACUAUUAAGCGUCUUCCAUUUAGUGUACUGUUUGUACUAGUUGCCAAAUAUUAACAUUCCAUCUGUGUUUUAUAAUACAUGUACACCUAUAUUAGUGUUGUAGUCUUAUGAUAUUGUCAUUGUCUUAUAUUAUUAUUAUUGCUGUUGUCACCCAGGGCUGUGUAACUAUCUGGACUCAGGUACUGAGUGGGCAUCCUCUGAAUGUACUAAAUACGUUAUGACUGGUAUUUCAAAGGAUCAUUAGCUGCUUAGCAUACAUGUAUAUGUUUGUGUUCAAAAGGUACAUUGUGUGUUAACUUGUAAAAGUGACAAUGUAUUCCUAAGUUGAUUUGAAUUUAUAUGGUUCCCCAAGGUUUGAUCAAUUUUGGUUACAUGCAUGUUAUCAAACUGAGAAAUUACUGUGUACAUAUUUCACUCCUGUAAAUCUUUGUUUUAUAUUUGUGUCCACAUAAAAAGCCAACACUGCUGUAUAGAUGAUACAUGAUUUCUAUACUGCUACUCAAUGAAUGUGUAUCACAAGGUUUAAAGGAUAACUAACGUUACAGAGAUGAUUUUGGCAGGUUACAUCUACACAUUCAUUCCUUAUUCAGGAGAUAAAUUAAUCUUGAGGAUGUAGUAGAAGAACUUAUAAUCAGGAGUGGGUCUAGAAGAAUGGUUGGGGGAUGAAGCUUGGGGGUUUGUGCAUUAAUUAUGUACAUGCCUCACAAUUUGUAUUUGUUUGUUUGGGGGAGGGGGAGGGGGCACCCUGGUACCCUCUUAGAGCCACUACUGCUUACAAUAGAGUUCCAUUGAUUUCUUCAUGAACUUUUAUCGCAAUUUCAUGAAAUUGGCCUUUUGUGAGAGGAAGGCAAAUUUAAAUGCGUCUUUGUAUUCCUGGGUGCUACAGCCCUCUGAGAAAUUUGAAAUCACCCCUAAAACAGGCAAGAGUUAUUUGUGAUGUGCAGUUUGACCAGCAAGGUGAUCUAUUUGUAAUGUAUUUAGAUCUCAUUUUUACGUGUUUAAAAAAAGAAUUGAUUUAUAAUUUAUCUUUAUAUUCAACAUCAAAUUUUAUAAGAAUGGGAUCACUUACGUACUGCUCGUUUGAACUGUAAAUUUUGUAAUACUUUAGUCAAUUAUGUGUCUUUAAUUUGGACUGUUAAUUUGGAGUGCAAUAAGUGUACAGUACUGGUUUAUAUUAAUUUAUUUUAAAGAUUGAUUUAGACAUUUUGUCCUUCAAGUGAAUUAAUUGCACCGCCCCAAUUAUUUUGGUGUAUCCUUAAUGGACAAACGCUCACCCCAAAUCAAAGAGACAUGCAAGUAUGGUAGUAAACAGUUAAUUAAAUUCAAAAUGUACCAUAUUAAUUAAAUAAUGAAAAAUCAUGCAUCAUAA